CACCGGUGAGCUGGCCUCACAAAACCACAGAAGAAGUAAACGCGGAAGCGUCCCGUGACCUGGGUAGCGGAGAUCGAUAAACGGAUAAGAGCUCUGUUAACCCGUUGAACAGAAAUGGCUCACUUGUUACUGAACAAACUUUAUUUUCCUCCCGGUUUCAUAUCACGGUUUUUGUUGUCCUCUUCGGGUGCUUUCGGGUCAGAGGUCCGGGUCUGUUCCCUCCACUCCCACGCGGUACUUCAGAACUCCAACAGGACCCAGGUCGUUCGCUGUGGUCGGCUAAAGUACGAGAGGCUGUACCCUGUGGUUCUGGUUCAGUCUGAUGGUUCUACCGUCCACAUCCGAUACGGAGAGCCCAGGAGGAUCCUUCAGAUGCCAGUAGAUCUGUCAACCCUUACUGAGGAGGAGCGUCGUGCUCGACAGAAGAAGAGGGACGUGAAGAAAGUGAAGAAGCAAACAGCAGAGGCCUACGAUGAUGAGUUCCAACUGGACGCAUACCGUCACCUCUGGGACAAGAAAUAAUAGCAGGCUGCUGCCUGCAGCACGCUCACUCUGACUUUAGAAAAAUGUACAGAAGUUGUUGGAUCUUUUGAGUUUCUGUUCCAUUUAUGAUGAAAAAAUGUUCUACCACAGAGGAACAUCCUAGAACAUCUGGCUCCGAAGUUCAGCGAUGCCAAAUUGAUGUUCUCCUUCAUGUUUUCACUCAUUUCAUUUAUGGAUGAAUAAGACCCUAAACUAAUAACUGUGUGCAUUAUUUUCUUUUGUUAUUUUUAUUGGACAAAUGCGGUCAUAAAUAUCAUUCACAUGUUCUGUUGCUACAGCAGGAGAAGAGAUGAUGCAUAUUGUUGUCACAAAACCAUUAUCAUGGUUUAAAUAAAAAUAUUUUGACUAAAGAACCACGCAUUUAAAUCUGUAUGGAACACGGGAAGUUUAUUAAGAGUCUCACCUAAAAAAAGAUCUGUUAAUCUUUGUAGAUACAAGACAUUUAAGGGUCUGAUAUGUUUUCUUCAUUAAAGAGAAAACUUCUAGCUCCCUGGA